AUGGCUGAACCUGGCUCUCGUCAGAGUCGAGAUCUAUCCUUUAAACACCGGUUUCGUCUCAACUUUGGCUUUGAUCAAACAUACUACGACCAAUGUUUGGCAUACAAAGAGGCAUGGCAAGACAAGCUUUUCUAUGUAGACGAGGACAUUCUACAACAACAAAGUCAAUUUAUUGCAAAACCUUUGAAAGACCCAAGAAACCUCGAUGUGCCCGAUACUCGUUUGCAGCCGUUACAACGAACGCAAUUGCUGAACCACGUUUCAGAAAAGACUUUGGAAAUCGAAUUGUCUAGGAACAAUAAGUCUACUCUUGUGAAAAUUCCAUUUGGCGAAGGAAUCCCAAUGAACCAAUUGGACCGUAAAGGUUUCUUACUUAAUACUGGAGGUCAAAUAACUUCUAUGAAAUGGUUACCCCGACCACACACAACCGUGGGUCCUCUGUAUUUGGCAGUCUCGGUGGUGUCUUCGUCUGAGGGCGUUGAAGCUUUGAUAAGCCAUAAAGAAUUGGGGAUUUUCAACACAAAAGUGGACGCUUCUUCCAACAAAAUGGUAUCUAGUAUCCAAAUAUGGAAAGGAUGA